AUUUGUUCAGUUGGUACCACUUAAUUUUCUAUAUCGCGAGAAAGGUUUUUAACAUCUAAAUAUCGUGCUUCGUACUUCUUAAAAAGAGUGAUAAGUCACAUUGAAAAGUGAUGGCUGAAGGAACGAAAUUCUCUUGCAUUUUCUGCGAUCACAAAUUUCUGACUUUGGAGGCACGCCGUGACCAUCAGGCAUUUAGCCACGAAGCAAUUUUCGUGAAUCCAUUGCGAUUAAUGCGUGCGCCCCCAACCAAUGAAAACGUUCCAUGUGCGAUACUCCUGUCGUCCGGUGAAUCUGAUAAGGUUGUGAUGAAUGUUUAUAAGGACGGGAAUAGACACAUGUUGGUUCCAGUUACAAAUAAACGUCUACGUGAUACUGUGUGCGGUAAACUGGAGGCCGAUUUACUUUUAAAUCAGUCUGCAGUUGACGCUUUUAUGAAAAAACGUGGCUAUACAGGACGUGUUUACACAUAUGUUGCAACCUUUGAUCCAACCAUAAUCGGACAAAACUUUUCUGAUUCAGAGGCAACUCCUUAAGACGUAUUAAACUUGUAAUUAAAUUAUAUUUUAUAAAUUUAUAUAA